ACUCGCGGACGGUCACACUGAAAUUCAAGCAAGAAGCAGCACGCGCCGCAGAAAUUUGCCAAUAAUUUUCGUCCUCGCAAGCGUCGCAAGAGGAGGCGUCGUGUGAUGGCAAUGGCAACGGGAGCAGCAUCUGGAGCAGCAGCAGCGGGUGCAGGAGCGUCGGUGGAGCAGCUGGUGGCCCAGACACUGCAGGCGGCCACAAAUCCGAGCCAUGAGAUUGUCCAGAAGGCGGAGGCGCAGCUGCGCGAGUGGGAGCAGCAGCCGGGCUUCUUUCCCACGAUUGCCCGUCUGAGCAUGCGACGUGCUGGUGGUGGUGGCGGCGGCGACGGGGUGUCCAGUACGGAGGACUCCGAGGUGAAGGUGCGCUGGAUGGCGGCUGUCUACCUGAAGAAUGGCGUGGAGCGGUAUUGGCGGCCCAAUUCACGGCAGGAGCUGCCCGCCGAGCAGAAGCAGCAGAUCCGGGAAGUUCUCCUGCGUCACUACGACGCAGAGGAGGUUCCCCAGGUCGCCCUCCAGAUAGCUGUGCUCCUAGGUCGCCUGGCACGCACGGAUUACCCGCGAUUUUGGCCGGAAUUGUUGCCGACGCUCAUGAAGCAGCUGCAGUCCUGCAGUACGGAUGGGGAUUCGGCCCUGCAGCAGCGAAUUCUUAUUGUCCUACACUAUGUCCUCAAGGCCUUGGCCUCACGGCGCCUGAUGGCCGAGCAGCGGGCCUUCGAGGAGCUGGGCUCACAGAUAUUUGCCUAUCUGGCGUGGGACAUCUGGGCCCCACUUACGACGCGCUUUUUGCAGCUCGUCCAAAAGGAGCAGGCGAUGGCCCUCAAUGCCCUGCAACGGGCCUAUGUGGUGAUGAGAUCCCUGCGUAAGCUGGUGGUCUACGGCUGUGCCAAGCCGUACAAGUCCACGGACCACAUGAACUUUGUGGAGCAGCUGUUUCAGCGGUUGCGCCAGUGCCUCGAGCUGCGCUAUGAACUGAAGAUGGGAUCGGCCACGCCUGGCACUGCCACGAUACUCACCGAAUUGGAGCGCUUUGUGAUUAAGAUGAUGAAGACCCUCAAUGAACUGAUGGAGCGGCAUUCUGUGUCCUUUGCGAGGUUCGUUCCGGUGGCCCUGGAGUUCAGCUUCCACUAUGUGUUCCACGAGGGCACCGCCCUCAUUUUCGACGCCGGCGAUCGGAUCAACUUCAAAAACUUUGCCAUACAGGCGCUGAACAUGCUGAAAGGAAUCAUGCUAAGCGGCAACGAUAGCAUCAGUGCUCCGCCCGAAGGUGGGGCUUCCAUAGAGGAUGAGUUGUUGGCCAGCGCUGCUCAAAGCCAUGCCAAGUUCUUCACGGCGGAGCGAGUGACCUACAUCUGUGAGAAGAUCGUGACGCACUAUUUUCUGCUCACUCAGCAGGAGCUGGAGGAGUGGCAGCAGGAUCCAGAGGGCUAUGACCAGGACGACGGCGGUGGUGAUGCUUGGAAGUAUGCCUUAAGGCCCAGCGUGGAGACCCUCUAUUUCACCUGCUUUACGCAGCACUCGCAGGUUAUGAUCCAGGAGGUGCUCCGUUUCGUACGACGUGCCCAGCAGCUGCAGCUUACCCCGGAAUCUGACCUGAAAGUGAUACUGCUAAAGGACGCCAUUUACAAUGCCGUAGGGCAGGCCGCCUUUCAUUUCUUUAACAAGCUGGAUUUUGGCGCCUGGCUCACAUCCCAAUUACUGGCGGAGCUGCGCGUGGAAGCUCCCAACUUCCGGAUCCUGCGGCGUCGCAUCAUCUGGCUGGUCGGCCACUGGGUUGGCGUCCAACUGCCCAGAGAGCUGCGUCCCCUGGCUUACGAAGCCUGCCUGCAUCUCCUCCGGCCACAGGAGGACAUGCCCACUAGGCUGGCCGCUGCCAGAACGUUGAAUUUGUUGAUCGACGAUUUUGAGUUCAUGCCGGAAGCCUUUCACCAAUAUUUCUCAUCCCUCUUCGAGGCCCUCUUCUUGCUGCUCCACGAGGCCGGCGAAUGCGACACCAAGAUCGUGGUGCUGGGCACGAUGACGCUGCUUGUGGAGAAGAUGAGCGAGUACAUCGAGCCGCAGGCAUUGCAGUUCAUCGCGUAUUUACCCCUCCUGUGGCGCGAGAGCGAGGAGUACGACCUUCUGCGCUGCGCCAUCAUUGGCACCCUAGAGCAGCUGGUUCGCACGAUACGGGAUGUCCCAGAGCCAAUGAAGCCCUUCCUCUACAGCGUGAUCGAGCUGAGCACGGAUCUUCAGCAACACUCGCACGUCUACCUCAUCGAAGAUGGUAUCAUGCUCUGGCUGGCGGUGAUUGGGAACUCGACUGCGCUGACGCCCGAGCUACUGGCUCUGUGCGACCAUCUUCUGCCUAUCAUCGAGAUGUCGUCGGAGAACCUACGCACCGUGCUGCAGCUGAUUCACGCUUAUAUAUUGCUGGACGCUCAGGCCUAUCUGAGUCGUUACGGCGAGGGAUUUGUGGCCUACUGUGUGCGCUCAUUCGAGGACAUACGUGUGGAGGGAAUAAUUGCCAUGCUGCGCAUCUUCGAGACAUGUCUGAAAACGGACGCGGCGAUGGGACUGCGGCUGGUGCGCCCGGCACUGCCCUUUGUCUUCCAGCAGGUGUGCCUUAAGCAGGAGUAUCCCAUGACAAUGGGAUGGUAUCUGACCAUCGUGGCCCGCACCCUGCUCAUUGACCAGUCUGUAUUCAUGUCGGUGGUGCAGCAAUUGCCGCAAGCGGACGCUUUGGCUCGCAUUCUGGACGUUUGGAUCGAGAUGUUCCCAAUGGUACCCGACACGCACGCCGAGAAGCGCAAGCUCUUCUGCCUGGCCUUCGCCUCGAUCUUUGGCAGCAAUGAGUUGCUGCUUGCCCGCCUGCCUCAUAUCCUGCAGCUGGUGGACGAAACGCUGGGCGAGGUGAUGGACAAGCAGUACGCCGCCACCGAGGAGGGUGCCUCGAAGACCACGCCUCGCUUCUAUGACUCAUUGGUCAUUCAUGACGAGCACGAGUUGGACGAGCUGCAGCAGCAGCUGGGCAGUGGCGGCGGCGUCAGCGAGGACUUCCACACCAAGGGCUACCCGGCCAAAACCUACCACGACGACCGCCACCGGCAGCUGGUGCUGAAAGACCCCGUUUACAAGAUCCCUCUUACCGAGUAUCUCAAGUGGCAGCUGCAGUCGCUGCAAGCACAGCUGGGAUCGCAGCGCUACGAGCAGGUGAUGUGCUCCGUGGUUCCCGAGGUACUGGAGAGGAUUACCAUGUACAUAGAGCAGACUGUGCCCAAGGCUUGUGUGGUGUGCGCGGGCUCCGGCUCCGGCUCCGGAUCGGGGGCGCCUGCGGACGAGACGCUCUCCGAACAGGUCGAGUCCGGCUGAUUCCGGACUGCUGUGCUUUAAAAGCUUUCUACGCUAAGUUAUUAAUGUAUUUUGUAUUGAAAUUAUAUAUUUUUAAUUGUUAAA